UUGCUCUCUCCCACAAUUCAACAGGCACCAGAAGGAGAGAAGAAGAAGAGGGCGACAGAAAGUAUUUAAAUAAAUAGAUUGUUGUUGAAGUACUACAAUACAACAUAAAUAGCCAAAGCUAAAACGGGAACCUUUGCAACACACUUUUGUUUUAUUUUUAUAGCUAGCGAGAUACAGUUGCUUCCACGAAAUGUGUUUGACUGCUAAGCUAGCCGACUGGCUGAACUAAGUAGCUAGCAAGUUAGCUCAGCUCGGUUCCGGCCUAAAAUAGCUAACGUUAGCUCCAUUUUCAGAUUUCGGGAGAAAAAAAACAAUUCAAGUGUACAUUACCACGUAUGCAGAUGUUCAUCUAACGAAAGCAAGGGAAUGCUGAUGGUACGUUAGUCCAACUGAGUCACCAAUUCUAGUCAUGCAAUGGGGAUGAGCGCUCUGCAGUGUGUAUGACCAGCUGUCUCCAGCCUGAUGGGAGGACUCUGUGGAUAGUAGCACCGUCUUCAGGACUCCAGGAGGAGAGUAGCCGCCCCUGCCAAGGAGGGCCGUUUAGAAUGAAGAAAAUCAGCCUUAACACCAUCCGCAAGUCCCUCAACAUCAAGGUCAAGGAGGAAGGAGGGGGGGACUUUGUCAUGCUCCAGCAGCCCUCGCUAGCGGCCGACUUCUCCAAGGAGGAAUCGCUCUUCGGGGGCUGCUACACUAAAGAUCUUGCGGGCUGCAACCUGGGAAUUGGUGAUGUGGGAGAGGAGAAGGCGGGACACAACAAGGGCCGGUCUAAGAGCGAGAGCCUGAUGGGUUCUCUGAAGAGGAGGCUGUCGGUCAAGCAGAAGGCCAAGGUCAAAGGUGGCUCAUUAGCCAUGGGGUCGGCUGACGAUGAUGACACCUUCUCCUCCUCCUCGGUCCCAAUCAGCUUCAACGAGGUCAAGGCCCAGCGUCCGUUACGAUCAGCGUCGCUCCGUAGCCACCAUUACAGCCCGUCUCCCUGGCCCCCGCGGCCUGUCGCUUCAGAUGAGGCCUGCGUCAAAAUGGAGGUGAAGGUUAAAGCCAUGGUCCAUUCCCCCAGCCCAGACCUGAAUGGCGUGAGGAAGGAGUUCUGCCACCAUGACUUUCAGAUGGAGAACAUCUUCCAGGAGCCGCAGAACGGAGACCUGAACAGUGACAAACGCGUGCCUGUAGUCCUGGGCUUCACGCCACAGGACUACAUUCAGUACACCAUGCCUUUAGAGGAGGGGAUGUACCCAGAGGGGUCCCACUCUGUCCCCCACUCCUUCUGCCUGGACAGGUCGCUGCCUAUGGAGGUGGUGACUGAGGCGGACAGUAGCUCCCUCCACGCCGACCACCAGAGUCAAGAGGACCAGGAUCUGGUGAGUCUGAACCGGAACCUUCCAACGGACCUCUUCGUGGAGUCACAGUCGGUGAACGGCCUCUUCAUCGGCUCUAACGGUGUGAUGCUCCAUAGCUGCAGGGACAGGGUCAACGCUCACCAACACCCCCCUCCUCCCCAGCGCUCCCCUCUCCUGCCCGCGUUACCCAGCAACAACAUCUCCAGGACUUACUCCAGGUUCGGCGGGGCAGAUGGCCACGUGGCGGCCCGGGUGAGGCAACACCUGAACUUUGACCUUGACUCUGCUCCAGGGGUGAGUCGGCUGUAUGACUCAGUCCGGAGCAGUGGACCAAUGGUAGUAACCAGCCUGACUGAGGAGCUGAAGAAGCUAGCCAGGCAGGGCUGGUACUGGGGACCUAUCACACGCUGGGAGGCUGAGGAGAAGCUGGUCAACCUGCCUGACGGCUCAUUUCUGGUCAGGGACAGCUCGGACGACAGGUACCUCCUCAGCCUUAGUUUCCGCUCCCAGACCAAGACCCUCCACACCCGCAUCGAACACUCCAACGGACGCUUCAGCUUCUACGAGCAGCCUGAUGUGGAGGGACACACGUCCAUGGUGGACCUGAUAGAAUUCUCCGUCAAAGACUCUGAGAACGGAGCCUUCUGUUAUUCUAGAUCUCGCUUACCAGGGUCCGCCACCUACCCCGUCAGGCUGACCAAUCCCGUGUCUCGGUUUAUGCACGUGCGCUCUCUGCAGUACCUGUGUCGGUUUGUGAUUAGACAGUAUACCAGGAUUGACCUAAUUCAGAACCUGCCUUUGCCCAACAAGAUGAAAGACUACCUGCAGGAGAAGCACUACUGACUCGGUUGACACAGACGUGAGAUGGGACAGACAACGUUAGCAAUUUGCACUUUUGGGUUCAGUUUAAGAGAUUUAACAAAGGUUUACAGACAUCCGUAGUUUGGAGACGAUCGAUUGGGUUCCAUUGGCUCUUUGUUUGUGUCAAGGGAUGUCUGAAAUUGAACCCUAUUAUGUAUGUAGUGCACUACUUUUGCCCAGAGCACUAGCUUAAAGGAGUGCACUACAUAGGGUGUCAUUUCAGAUUGCCCUUUGGUUAUUUUUGUUAGUGUCCUGUCCUCCGUUUCUCAGUUAAAGGAUUGUCGCCAAGCCUCCAGAGAGAUGUAUCAUAGCAUCUCCAUUUCCCAGUUAUGGUUGUCAUUGUGGCCACGCCUCCAGAGAGACAUAUCAUAGAAUCUGUCAGGAAGUGUGCAGCGUGACUAAGUUACAGCUAACAACAUCUAUCAGCAGUGAGAUCGAAAGAUCAAUAUUUCUCUCCCCAGUUGCUGUAGUAAACUGUAAACGCUAGAAUGGCAAGCUCAGCCUUCUGACUGAAAUGUACAGAUUUAAAAUAUACAUUUCAUUUAAUUCACUGCAGCCUUUUAAGAUGUCAAACCCAGCUUUUAAUGAAACCAUAAUGAAAUACAUAACCAGUCACAUUUUUUUACAUUUAUUCUUCAUUUGGCUAUUUAUUUAUUUUUGAAAGAUCUCCCAACAACUCUAAACACAGUGGGGCAUAUCUUUUGACAAACAAUUAUUAUAUAUUUUUUUGCAUAAACAAUUUGAUCCUCUUAAUUUCUGAGUUCUUAAAACAGGGUUGAUUCAACCUUAUUUGUCAUCCAUCAAGUUGGUUAAAUACAACUGCUAUUAAGAAGUGUAAGCUGCAUGUAGACAACUUCUCUCCCACUAUAAUGGUACUAUUAGGAAAGAUACAGGAUCGUUUCUAUGUCGUCAUGCACUUCAACUUAAUACGCAUGCAUCAAUAUCAUUGCUUUUUAAAGGAAAAUCUCAGUAAGUAAUUAACCUGAAGAUAAGCUUUUAUUAACAGCUCCUUGUAUUAGGAGUGUCAGCAAAGCCUGCCCCAUGCUUAGCUCUGUGUGCAUGAAGGGUGUUUGAACGGUCAGACGCUGUAGAGACCUGGGCCAACUCAGUACACAGGACGAGAGUAUCGACUGUAAAAAAGGGAAAGUCUCAUUUUCAUUUCUAGAGUAACAUUUAUCACUAAACACAUUUUAAGGAAACCUUAUGAAAGGGAAUCUCAAACAUGGGGCUGCUUAGGUCGAGGCAUUUGGGGGGGGGGGGGGGGGGCAGAAUAGAUGUUUGGAGCCCCUUCCUCAUAUUUGGGAGGUCGCAAGGAGAGUGGGAGGGGAGAUGUACGUGAUAGAAUUCCCUCCCAGUGCAGUAAUGUCCUGCUCCAUGGAGGAGAAUGAGAUUGAGGCUUUUGUGGGAAGUUUGCCCAAUGACUUGCAUGAGUGAUGUCACGCUGUCAUACUCUCGACUUCAUGGGCAGUUUUCCAGUUUGACAUUUUAAAAUGGAUCCACUGUCAUGCUUACUGUCAAUGUUAGCCUACAUAUUCACAGUCUGGCUGGGCUGUUUUGUAUCAGAACAAAAGGGACAGAAGAAUACACUGUAUGCUAUGCAAGUGCUUUCUAAACCGAUACUUUGACAAGGAAUCAUAGGUUUACAUAUGUUGAAAGGAUCUCCGACUACUUUGGUAGGCUGGUAGAUAUGUAUAGUCUAGGCCGAGGUAGUAAAGAUCUGUUGGCAUCUAAGGUGGUUACCAUGACACCCGGAUAGCAGAGGGUAGAUAAGAGCAGAUGUUGUCGGCAUGUUUCAAAAGUGUUGCAUAAAGAUUUGUUUGGCAUUUUUAUUGUUUUGAAAUGAUUAGGAAUGAAGGAUUUAGGGAAUGUUGUCCGUCUGGUGUAGAAGGAUUGUUCUACUCAGUUAUAUCACCAUCACCAGCUGGGUGUUCUGUGUGAAAGGACUUCUGAAUAUUCGUUUUAUUUCCUGUGACUUGUGACAUUAAACUCUGUCAUUUUGUGGACUAGUAGGGUGUUAGUUACCUGCAGGUUACACCAGGGACAUGGCUGUGUGUGAGGUUAUACCAAGGGAAUGGCUGUGUGAGAGGUUAUACCAAGGGAAUGGCUGUGUGUGAGAGGUUAUACCAAGGGAAUGGCUGUGUGUGAGAGGUUAUACCAAGGGAAUGGCUGUGUGUGAGAGGUUAUACCAAGGGAAUGGCUGUGUGUGAGAGGUUAUACCAAGGGAAUGGCUGUGUGUGUGAGAGGUUAUACCAAGGGAAUGGCUGUGUGUGUGAGAGGUUAUACCAAGGGAAUGGCGGUGUGUGUGAGAGGUUAUACCAAGCGAAUGGCGGUGUCUGUGAGAGGUUAUACCAAGGGAAUGGCGGUGUGUGUGAGAGGUUAUACCAAGGGAAUGGCGGUGUGUGUGAGAGGUUAUACCAAGGGAAUGGCGGUGUGUGUGAGAGGUUAUACCAAGGGAAUGGCUGUGUGUGAGAGGUUAUACCAAGGGAAUGGCUGUAUGCAUGUUUUAGCAAGGUAAACUCCACUUGCUUGAAGAUGAAGCCAAGUUUUUGGGCUUCGGUUCCGCACCGGUAAAUUUCCAAUGUAUCCCCUUACAAAUAUUGUCCCUGGAAUGACGCCAUUAAAAAAAGUCACAACACACAGUCCAACGUAUGCUUUCUCCUGAGCACACACAGGUGGGGUACCUGUUAUUAUGUCUAUGGGAUACAAAGGGUAAGACAGCAGUUUCAUAUCUAAGACUGUUGCUAGGUUAUCAAGGAACAACGAUGACUAGAAUGUGGAACAUUGAAUUGAAGAAAACAACAAAUGUGAAAUGAAAAUGUUUAAUUGUUUGACGAAUGUACGCUUAGUUGUAUUUUUUUAAACAUUUUAUUCAGGGUCCGGACAAAGUGCUUGAGGUGCUUCAAGUAAUUGAAUUUGGCACUCUGAAAUUCAAGUACUGGAAUACCUUGAAAAUCAGACAAUUUCUCCAGUUGGUACAUGAGAAGUACUUGAUCAAAUAUAUUUAAGAAAAAAAUAUAUUUUUUAAAUAUAUUGGUCUUGCAUAUUAAUUACCAGGCAGAGUACAGUGUUAUUUCCUCACGUUUGGCGCUCUAGUUGCCAGGUGACCACACCAGCCACUCAGCCAGGCUGGUGCAGAACUGACUGAUUUAUGUGUCGCCAAACGUCACAUCGAUAGCUAAAACGCUGGGCAAAUGUAGAUUACAUCCUGCCUUUUGUGUGUCUGGAACAUUUCUGUGUUCUUUUAUUUCAGCUCAUGAAAUAUGGGACCAGCACUUUAGAUCAGUGUAGUUUACCUUUAAAAAAAAUGUACCACUAUAUCACUGGACCCAAUCAACCCAUACCGUGUAAGGUGCAAAAAAUGCGUCAGACUUUGACAUGGCGAGCAUGGCUGACUCGGCCCUGAAGAGCCACAUGAAGGGCGGAAGACAACGCUGCAUCCUGCACCGGCGCCAGUUCUACAUCAUGGCUGAAUCGGCCCUGAAGAGCCACAUGAAGGGCGGAGGACAACGCUGCACCGGCGCCAGUUCUACAUCAUGGCUGAAUCGGCCCUGAAGAGCCACAUGAAGGGCGGAGGACAACGCUGCACCGGCGCCAGUUCUACAUCAUGGCUGAAUCGGCCCUGAAGAGCCACAUGAAGGGCGGAGGACAACGCUGCCUCGGCGCCAGUUCUUCAUCGUGACCUUUUUUCUCUGCAACAACUUCCAGAGCUUUUUGUUUUUACGAACCGCCUCGUUCGCGCAUCGCCAGCGAAAUUCAGCUUUAUUAAGCAGCCGCCGUGCUCCUGCCAUUCUGGUGGCCAAUCAGGUGCCGGUUCCCCUCACACAGCCCACCCAACCUUCUCCCGACCCGCGACUCUAGAGCUGCCAUUCAGUAAACAAGAUGCUUUUGCGUAGCUAUUAAGUAAUAGAUUCUCAAAAGCCCAAUUUAAAAACACAAUAGUCCUAAAGCUGGAAUUGUGUAGUAAUGUGUUCACCAUUAGGCAUUGCCCAAAACUCUGCUCAUCACUACUCAAAUUACAACAUCAGUACUGACUUACUGUUCAUGUAUGUAAUAAUAAAUAAGUAGAGAAAUAAUGUAUUAUUGAGUAGAAUUGGUAAGGUAGUGAUGAAAUAGUAAGUUGUUUUUUCCCAUCAGGUUGUGGUGUUAUAUUGCCACCUGGUGGUGAGUAGAAGCAAUUGCAUAAAAUGAACUAUUACAGACCCUUGAAAAUAACUAUUAGUGCUUGGAAAAAGUACUUAAAAGUCCUUGAUUUAUUUUUUUUUACUUACCACUGUCUAUACGAACCUUGAUUUAUUGUGUGGCAGAGCCAGGCAAACAGGUUAAACUGGCUAAACACUCACUGACUUUAUUAUGGGUGUUUCUUUGCUAUGAUACUUCAGUAGCCCCGUGACUUGUGUUCAAUAUCACUGAGUCAUUGCCCCGUGACUUGUUUUGUUCAAUAUCACUGAGUCAUUGCCCCGUGACUUGUUCAAUAUCACUGAGUCAUUGCCCCGUGACUUGUUUUGUUCAUUAUCACUGAGUCAUUGCCCCGUGACUUGUUCAAUAUCACUGAGUCAUUGCCCCGUGACUUGUUCAAUAUCACUGAGUCAUUGCCCCGUGACUUGUUCAUUAUCACUGAGUCAUUGCCCCGUGACUUGUUCAAUAUCACUGAGUCAUUGCCCCGUGACUUGUUCAAUAUCACUGAGUCAUUGCCCCGUGACUUGUUCAUUAUCACUGAGUCAUUGCCCCGUGACUUGUUCAAUAUCACUGAGUCAUUGCCCCGUGACUUGUUCAAUAUCACUGAGUCAUUGCCCCGUGACUUGUUCAAUAUCACUGAGUCAUUGCCCCGUGACUUGUUCAAUAUCACUGAGUCAUUGCCCCGUGACUUGUUCAAUAUCACUGAGUCAUUGCCCGUGACUUGUGUUCAUUAUCACUGAGUCAUUGCCCCGUGACUUGUUUUGUUCAUUAUCACUGAGUCAUUCCCCGUGACUUGUGUUCAUUAUCACUGAGUCAUUGCCCCGUGACUUGUUUUGUUCAUUAUCACUGAGUCAUUGCCCGUGACUUGUGUUCAUUAUCACUGAGUCAUUGCCCCGUGACUUGUUUUGUUCAUUAUCACUGAGUCAUUCCCCGUGACUUGUGUUCAUUAUCACUGAGUCAUUGCCCCGUGACUUGUUUUGUUCAAUAUCACUGAGUCAUUCCCCGUGACUUGUGUUCAUUAUCACUGAGUCAUUGCCCGUGACUUGUGUUCAUUAUCACUGAGUCAUUCCCCGUGACUUGUGUUCAUUAUCACUGAGUCAUUGCCCCGUGACUUGUUUUGUUCAAUAUCACUGAGUCAUUCCCCGUGACUUGUGUUCAUUAUCACUGAGUCAUUGCCCCGUGACCUGUGUUCAUUAUCACUGAGUCAUUGCCCCGUGACUUGUUUUGUUCAUUAUCACUGAGUCAUUCCCCGUGACUUGUGUUCAUUAUCACUGAGUCAUUGCCCCGUGACUUGUUUUGUUCAUUAUCACUGAGUCAUUGCCCGUGACUUGUUUUGUUCAUUAUCACUGAGUCAUUGCCCGUGACUUUUGUUCAUUAUCACUGAGUCAUUGCCUUCUUAUGUGUGACUUUUAGAGGUUGAUGCUUAUUCAAACUGCUGAAGCAUUUUUUAAAUUCAUAAGUUGUUUAGCAGUUGGCGAACAAGCUACACCCAUUUUAUAUUAUUUUGUUUUUUUUGCCCAUCUCUGCAAAUGAAGGUGAUUGUUUACAAUGAUUUGGUAAAUACCUGUUUUUAUCCCCAUCUUGUUUAUUCUCGCUCCUAUCAUGGACGUCUUUGGUACAAUUGAAAAAAAAAAUGUUUUUUUGUUUUUGUGUGUUCUACACAUUUUGUUACUUCAUGAAUAUAAUAUUGCCUUUCUUGUAUUAAACUAUGGGGAAAGAGAACGUCGCCAUUUUUGAAGUAUGUACACACUGACUUUUAUCACCUUGGGAGAACAAAGUAGAUUUUUGUAAACUGUUUUAGUCAGUGGAAAAAUCAUUAGUAGCUAUUAGUAAAGUCCUUUUUUAGAAGAAACACAACUUCAGUUUACAUUUGUCUUUUUCUUUUGAAAAAUAAACGAUUGUGAUUUAUUGCACAUUUUGGAUACAGUUGGAAGUUUUUGUAUAAAUUAUAAAUAAAAACUAUAUUCAGA